AUGCGCGCUUCCUCGGAACCUCCUGAAAUGACUUAUUCUUCUGAACGAGCUCCAACCCCAACCCCAGCUAUCACCACCCUUCCUAUCAGAACAGUGUCAGAAGAUCAAAAGAAAAGAGCCCAGACUGUUUCAUUGAUCCCUUUAUCGUUCGAUAUCGUAUUCCUCGUUAUUUACAUUACUUUGAUUGCUGUGUAUCUCCACGAGGAUCGUCACACUCCAAUUCAAAUCCACGCUCUUCAUGGAACAUCUGCUACAGUAAAAGCUGGAGUUGUCAUCGGGCAGGCAUAUGUGAUCAAAGUCAUCAGCAGAGGAACGUACUCCUCCUACCAUCGAUCCUACACACUCACUAUAAAAGUUUCCAUUUUCCGUCUGUUCAUUGUCGCCCACGACUUCAUUCUCUACAGUUUUCGAAACUCGGAAGGACUCAAAAUGGAGACUAUUGUUGAUUGGAUUGGAAUUUGGUCUGCUGCGAUGUACAUGCUUUAUAGUAUAAUGGUUCCGAUAUUAGUGUGGGCGUAUUAUUACAAAACUGAUGAGGAGGUUGAGAUGAUGCAAAUGCCAACACCGGAGAGAAGAAGCAGAUAUUCUUCGAUGGAGUUUAAUGAGGAGGAGAGAUAUUACAUGGCUUGA